GCUGCAGUUCACUGCGUUUCCUUAGCCAGUUUGCUACCCGCUGAGCGCUGGGACUCGCUCACGGAAACGAUUGAUUCCACUCGAAUAACGUUGAACCCGGACGCAUAAAUGGAGGAUUAACGUCGCUACCCGUGAAGACUCGUACAGUCAGUGUUCGUGACUCGGGUGCUUUUUGAGGAGUGUACUUGCUCCGCCCUCCGUAACAUGUGAAAUGUAAAGAAACGCAUUAACCGUGCGUUAAUUCGGCUAACUAGCUAGCAGCUACUUCCCCCAGUGUCCAGUUUAUGGGAGCUCGCUUCGUCUCUUCCAUUUUCAAGCGUCACGUCUGUACUGGAGGAAAAUGAAGAAGUUUAACAUUAGGAAGGUGCUGGACGGCUUGACAGCAGCUUCUUCUUCCUCCUCCGCAACUGCUCAGCCGGGCUCCAACAGGGAGAACGAUGUUAUCCAGGAGACUCUCCAGUCGGAGCAUUUUCAGCUUUGCAAGACUGUGCGUCAUGGUUUCCCAUACCAGCCAUCCUCAAUGGCUUUUGACCCUGUGCAGAAAAUCUUGGCUGUUGGGACUCAGACUGGAGCUUUGAGGCUAUUUGGUCGUGUGGGAGUGGAGUGCUACUGCCAGCAUGAGAGUGGUGCCGCUGUCAUCCAGCUUCAGUUCCUGAUCAAUGAGGGGGCGUUGGUCAGUGCCUUAGCUGAUGACAGCAUCCACUUGUGGAACUUGAGGCAAAAAAUCCCCGCUAUCCUGCAUUCUCUCAAGUUCAGCCGGGAGAGAAUUACGUACUGCCACCUGCCCUUCCAGAGCAAAUGGCUUUACAUUGGAACCGAAAGAGGAAAUAUCCACAUUGUCAACGUGGAGUCAUUCACGCUCUCAGGCUACGUCAUCAUGUGGAAUAAAGCCAUUGAACUAUCCACCAAGACACACCCAGGGCCUGUUGUGCACAUCAGUGAUAACCCCAUGGAUGAAGGAAAGCUUCUGAUUGGGUUUGAGUGUGGGGUCGUGGUGUUAUGGGACCUGAAGUCCAAAAAAGCUGACUAUCGCUACAAUUAUGAUGAGGCGAUACAUUCAGUAGCCUGGCACCACGAGGGUAAACAGUUUGUGUGCAGCCACUCUGAUGGCACUCUGACCACGUGGAAUAUACGAGCUCCAGUCAGGCCUGCACAGAUCAUCACACCACAUGGAAAACAGCCUAAAGAUGGAAAGAAGCCAGAACCAUGCAAGCCUAUCCUGAAGGUGGAGUAUAAAACAACAAGGGCUGGGGAUCCGUUCAUGGUGCUGUCGGGAGGUCUGUCUUACGAUACAGUGGGAAGGAGAGCCUGCCUCACAGUGAUGCAUGGAAAGAGCACUGCCGUCCUGGAGAUGGACUACCCCAUUGUAGAUUUCCUAACACUGUGUGAAACACCGUAUCCAAACGACUAUCAGGAACCUUAUGCGGUGGUGGUCCUGUUGGAGAAGGAUUUAGUUGUAAUAGACCUUGGACAGAUUGGGUAUCCAAUAUUUGAGAAUCCCUACCCUCUCAUUAUCCACGAGUCACCAGUGACCUGCUGUGAGUAUUUUGUUGACUGCCCUGCUGAUCUUAUUCCUGCACUUUACUCUGUUGGCAGCCGGCAAAAAAGACAAGGUUACAGUAAGAAGGAAUGGCCCAUUAGUGGUGGAAACUGGGGUCAAGGCUCACAGAGUUACUCAGAGAUCAUAAUCACUGGCCAUGCUGAUGGAUCAGUCAAAUUUUGGGAUGCUUCUGCAUUCAUGCUUCAAGUACUAUAUAAGCUGAAGACUGCCAAGGUGUUUGAAAGGGCUCGCGGCAAGGAGGAUAAGCCUAGUACAGACAUCGUGGAGGAGGAUCCAUUUGCCAUCCAGACUUUAUGCUGGUGUCCUGAGAGCCGGAUGAUCUGUCUGGCUGGGGUGUCCGCCCACAUCAUCAUCUAUAGAUUCAGCAAACAAGAAGUUACCACUGAAGUUGUGCAGCUUUUAGAGGUGCGAAUGCAGUGUGACCUCAGUGACAUGGACUCCCCAGAUCCAGGAGGGGAGCAUACACCCACCCAGUCAUUCUCUGGAGCUUUCUCCAGCCCACAGGAGAGUGAGCCUCCUACUCUGCACUCCACAGGCGACAACUCCAACGAUGGUCCUCGGGACAAUAUACCAUGCUUGCAGGUGCGGAGCUCUCCGCUGAAGCAGUCUCCAGGCUACCAGGUGGAGCUAGUAAUACAGCUGGUGUGGGUAAGCGGAGAGCCACCUCAGCCGAUCACGAGCCUGGGCAUCAACUCCUCCUAUGGCCUUGUGGUAUUUGGAAACAGUAAUGGUCUAGCUGUGGUGGACUACCUUCAGAAGACUCUGCUCCUCAACAUGGGUACAUUGGAGCUGUACAGCCCCUCUGAACCCUACCAAAGGCAGCCUUGCUCCCCACGUAAAGCACGGCAACCUUCAGGAGCACUCUGUGAUUCUAAUGAUACGUCCAGUGUACCGGAGGACCGCUGCAAGUCACCUACAUCAGGAUCUCCCUCACCUUGUAAUUCUGAUGAUGAAGGGAAACAGAAGUUCAUAGAGAAGGUGAAGUACAAAAGCAGGCGAUUUUCCAAGACUGUUGCCAAUGACUUUGCAAAGAUGUCACGGAAAAUUAGCUCACCUAUUGAGCAAAGACCAGAUCUGGUGGAGGGUUUGCAGCGACAACACUCUCUCCCGUGUAAGAAUCGAUUUAGUUCUUUGACAGAAGGGAAAGUGGCAGCCAGAAUGGCUCUAAAGGAAGCCAUCUGUAGAACUAUGUCAAACCCCAGCUUCUAUGCCAAGGAUAACGCAUUCAGCCGCUCACGUAGUUCAAGUGUAACCAGCAUAGACAGAGAAUCACGAGAGGCCAUCUCCUCCUUCCAUUUCUGUGAGAGUGUUCCCAGGAAGACUGACAUACUGCAAAGCCCAUGCCUGCUGAUAGGAACCACCCAGGGCUCUGUGUUGUUUGUUGCUCUCAGCCUGCCUCCUAACAUGGACCAGAGGCUGCAGGAACCAGUUGGCAUCUCCCCCAGUGGUACUCUGGUCAGACUCAAGGGAGGCAUAUUGACUAUGGCUUUGUUGGAUGCUGCUGGGAUGCUGCUGCCCCCUUGCUACGAGUCAUGGUAUGAUCCAAACGCAUCUGAUGAAGAGAAGGACAAAAGCCGGAGACGCAGGCCAGCCUCCCCUCCUUCAUCACAAGAGGGCCAGGACUACCAGUACGCUGUUGUGUGUUCUGAGAAACAGGCCAAGGUGGUGGCCAUACCCUCCCAAACAUGCAUCUACAAACACAACAUUACAGAGGCGUCCUUUGUUUUGAGGGCUGAUGUUGUACAGAUGGCUGGAGCUAACUGCAUUGCCUGUUUUUGUGCAAAUGGGCACAUCAUGGCUUUGAGUUUGCCCAGUCUACGGCCUCUGCUGGAUUUUAACUACCUACCACUUACUGACAUGCGGAUAGCCAGGACAUUCUGCUUCUCUAACCUGGGUCAGGCCCUCUACCUCACUUCCCCCACUGAGAUUCAGAGGAUCACCUACAGCCAGGAGACCUGCGACAACCUGCAGGAGAUGCUCAGCGAGCUGUUUACUCCAGUGGAGACACCAGAGGCUCCAAACAGAGGAUUCUUCAAAGGCCUUUUUGGUGGAGGAGCUCAGUCCCUGGAUAGAGAGGACCUCUUUGGGGAAACAGCUGCUGGUAAAGCCUCUCGUAGUUUGGCACAGCACAUACCCGGCCCAGGCAGCAUGGAGGGCAUGAAGGGUGCUGCGUCGGGGGUUGUGGGAGACCUGGCCCGUGCUCGGGUAGCUCUAGAUGAGAGAGGGCAGAAACUGGGCGAGCUGGAGGAGAGAACAGCAGGCAUGAUGGCCAGCGCCGAGUCAUUCUCCAAACAUGCUCAUGAUAUGAUGCUGAAGUACAAAGAUAAGAAGUGGUACCAGCUCUGAUGACAACGUAGGGAGCUUUGGACUCUAAUCACGUACAUCAGAUUCUCUGAGGACUUGUAGGUCUCUGUCUCUUCUCCAUUUCUAUCCACAGGGAUUCUGCUCAACUGACUCACGCUUUUAUUCUCGGCACAAUAUCAUGCACUCUGCAUUACCUCGGUCACCGGAGGUCUGCUGCGGAGUCCACACUAGCCGUCCCAACCUAAUGAGAACAGAAAGAAAUGGAACAAGAGAUGGUCUUAGUAUCUCUCUUUCCAUUUCAUCUGAAGGAGAUGUUCUUUGAACGUCAGUCCUAAAAACAGAAGAUGGGACUUUUCAUAUCCAUCAGUCAUGCUCAUAGAUAUCGCCUUUAUAUAUUCAAACACGCCACUGUUUUGUUCUGAAACAAGACAACUCUGCAGAUAAUCUACUUGCGGUGGCCUGGUUGUUUUUUCCUUUCUCUGCCCUUUAUGGUGUCUGCCAAACACAGUGGACUUGCACAAGGAGAAAGGUCUGACGACUGUCCUCUCAUUCUAAUCACGUCAGUGGAGAUGUGCGCUUCCAUAGAAAUCAUUGAAUCAAUGAAUAACUUGUUUCCGUUCCACGCUGGAUUAUUAUUUUCUGAGUUUGACCUUUGUCCUUUUGCCAUUCUGUUUUUGUCCAGAAAGGGCCUUUUAAGCACUUAAUAGGUAUGUGAAGAGAAAGCUGAUGAAUCUGUUGCCUCUCUCUGAAUAAGGGCUGGUAGUACACCCGACUAGUUUGUCACAAACCAUAACUUUUUCCAACAUUUUAAAUCUCAUUGUUUCAGGUGAGAUGAACAGAUGGGAUAUAUUCUCUUUUUUCUGCUUCUUUAGUAAAGUUACCCAUAUAUCAGAGCAGUAUAGCAAUUUAAAGAAGUUUUGAUGUUGGGCAUUAUUGUUUUUUCUGUCGGGUUAAAAUGUUGACCCUCAGUUAAAAAAAAAAAAAAAAACAGUUUACACUGACCUAUCAAAACUGAAGAGUUGAUACACUGGAAAGAUGUUGCUCUUCAUAGUAUUUUAGCUUUUGUGUGGCUGUAGCUCAGUCACAUCUAUGAAGGAUGAUCUGCUGAAGGUAUGAUAGAAGAGAAUGUCCUUUACAAAUAGAUUGCAUAAUUGUACAUUUCUUUUUUGUGAUACCUAUACACUUUUUUUAAGCUGCAGGUAUUUUAGUGACAUGUCAUAAAUGGAUGGUUCUUACAGGACAAUGGAAGUGGAAAUGCUGUCUUUGUAUUUGUCUGUCAGUAGGAAGUGACCAAUAACCAUGAAGUAAGUCUCUCUCUCUCUCUCUCUCUCAACAUUCACUUACACAAUAUUCUGCAGUUGCCUCAUGAUGCUUAUAUGCUAACCUCUACCUAUAUGUGCGUGUUUGUGAACAUACAUAUAUUGAAGAAUGUGUGUUUGUGAACAUACAUAUAUUGAAGAAUAUGUGUGUUGCAACAGGACUUUUGAGGUUUUUGUUUCUGCUUGACAGUGUUUUGGGUUUUUUUUUCUCAGAUGUGAUUAACUAGACUUCUAUUAUUGAAAUUAGAUUUCUGUUUCACGAGGUGCAAGGAUAUGCUGCUAUUUGUUAUUGUAGGCACGUUAUCUGUUGGUCUUUUACUUUGGAAAGAGGGAUAAGACUUUGUCCAGACUGCUGCCAAAUGUUGUAAAUAACAGGACAGCUGGACACAAAUCUGACCAUGCAGGUUCAGGCAACAUGACAAAAUGUGCGCUUGUGGCCAUGUUCUUUUAUGACACCAAAGAGUUGCUUAAUUUCACAGAGUUGUCUUGAUUUUUGCAAACAUUAAGAGUCUGUAGGGAGACCCCGACGGCACUCUUAAGAAGCCGACUGUGUACUGGGGCGGGGCAUCAUUGGCUUUAGCGUCUUCUUAUGGACACCCUUGUUCUUGUCCCAAACUGCUGUACAUGUGCUCAGAGGACAAGCAAAAGUGAAUGUGAAGAGUUUCAUUCCAAAACGAAAUUUGCAUCAAAGAAAAUGUCAACUCAAGCAAAAGGAUUGCCUGCAUGAAGUAAUACUAUUCAAAAUUAAUGUAGAUUAUUUUAGGAGUUUUAACAUCCUAUUUUAGACAAUUCUGUCUGCUUUGGAUAUGUGAGGUUUUCUGUUAUCAAGACCAAAAAAAAAAAAAAUCAAACUUAUUCAUGAUGGACAGGAAGCUUUUUGGAAUAAAACCCUUCAUUUUUAGCUAAUGUAAUUCUAAGUUACUGUGUGCUACUGAGAUAUACUUAUUUGAAAGAGCAGUUAUGUGGAUUUUGCACUAUAUUUUGUAAUAUUGUUAAUAUGAUUUGAAUGUUUCUCUCGUUAACUCAUGUUCUUGUUUUUUGAAAGGACCAAAAUAUGACAGAACCUAUGCUUAAUCACGUCAUUUGCCAAUUAUGCUGAUUGCGCCACUCUGAUUUGUUUUCAUUGUCAGGUAAAUACUAUGAUAUAUUUAUACAUUUGAAAAUAAAAUAUGUACUUUUAAUUUCAGUAAUAUAUUAAAAAGAAAAACACUUUUAAUUUCAGUAAUAUAUUAAAAAGAAAAACCUUUAAUGUAAAUUUGAGAUGGAAUAACUUGCAUAAAUGUGCAAACAAUGGUUGUGCAUAAUUCGCCUUCAUCCAGACAUGACGGUGAACAUUAUCUGGCCAAUAUAUGGAACAUGCUCAUCUCAGAUUGAAGCAUUGCUUCUGCAGGAGGUUAAUCACUUCAUUGUUACAGUCUUUCUACAGUGUGGCCUCAACUUAAAGUGCUUCAGUUUGCAACAUAUAUCCUCCAUUGUCUUACAGCACAUUGAAGGAUGCAUGAUAUUAAGUGUUUACAAACUUGAAACUACAAUGUAUUAUCCCUCUUGAAGAUUCUGUUCGGGCAUUUGUAUUUAAAACCAAGCUGAACAAAACUAGUUCUUGAUCACACAUUAAAAUGUUCCCGUUUUCCUUUGAUCAAGCCAUUUAGUGUAAGUGUGACAGAUUAUAUUCAUUUUGUUGGUACACACGGUUAUUUUUCUUUCAUUGAAACCUCUUGCUUUCCCAGUACUGUAGAAAUGCAUUGAAAUCAAGGCUUUGCUUAGAGCAGCGUGCAGGAAAGCUUAAGGUUUUUCCUCAGUUGUCAUACUUCCAUCUGUCUAAUGGGAUGAAUAUCUGUGGAGUUGCAGUAUUUUCUCAUAGUAAGGCAAUUUUGUACAGUUUUAUUAAAACAAAUUUCACAUGGAUGUCUGACUUAAUCUGCUGUCACAAACAAUUUAGACUGUAGAUAUGGUAUAUAUAGAUAUUAUUGUGCAAUGGAAAUAAAUGUAAAACCAAU